AUGGAGUGCGACACUAGCUACACAGUGACUGUUCGAGGGACAGAUAUUCUAUUGACCAAGUCCCAGAUCGAAUACGAUAGCCCAAACUACUUUACCACUUGCUUCCUAGGAGACUUUAAAGAGUCCCAGACCCGGCAUAUCAAGCUAUCUCGAGACCCUGACUUGUUUCUCAUUAUAUCGGACUACUUGUGCGGAUACAAGGUUCUUCCUUUGAACGACCGUGUCAUCCCAAAACGAAUGUCUCCAGAGCUCGCCUUGGAGAACCUGAGAGCGGACGCUGAGUUCUAUCAACUUGACAACCUUAUCAAGGAGUGCGAUAAGUUUCUGCUUGGGGAAAUUCUCCAGAGUGGAACCGAGAACCGAAAAGAGUAUUUAGUUUUAGGGUGUGAAUACAAAUACCAUCCCCCAGUCCCGAUAGAUAAGCAGAUGGAUAUAGCAAUGGGCUCUCCUAUUUCCCAGUGGCGUACAAAGGUUACGGCAGAAAAACUAACGGAAUCACCAUUCGAUGAGAUGAAAAGGCCCCAAGAGUUCAGAGGAUUUACUGGGCUUCAGAUUGUGGGUGAGAUUGAGCGAUAUGCUCGAACGAUGAUGGGCUUCGAACCUCAACUGGUAGGGUGGCAUAUUGAUACAUCGCCAAUAAACUAUGGUAUUCGUUCCUUGCUUAUGGUCGUAGUUGCGGUGUAA